AUGCGCAGGUCGCUGCUUGUUCCGCGACGGAUGUCGGGUCUGAGUCGUAACUGGGAAAGGCGUAAACUUACUUUAUUUUAUUAUCUGCUGUAGAAUCAGUUUAAGUUUGCAUUUGCUUUCCGAGGAAAUACUGUCAUCGCCCUCGAUUUACAAGCUAGCGCUAAGCUAAUUAGUAGGUUACUUCUGUUGUGCCGUGAAAGUGGCCCUGCUGUAGCUAAUAGCUAAGUUAGUUAGCGCUAACAAACUUUGACAGCAGCAACAUCGAGCUGGCUUUUAGUAUCACAUUUGGGUAGUAUGAUAUACAGUCGGUAACCUUUUCAAAUUCAGACAUCACAAAGCUUUUCUUUCUACUUGGACACGCUGACCGAAGAGGUGUCCGCGCUGAAUCUCUAUGCUAAAUGGCUAAGAAGACUUAUGAUCUGUUGUUCAAGCUCCUGCUCAUUGGAGAUUCAGGAGUAGGAAAAACCUGUGUGUUGUUUCGCUUUUCUGACGACGCCUUUAAUACAACGUUUAUCUCAACGAUCGGAAUAGACUUCAAAAUCAAGACAGUUGAGCUGCAAGGCAAGAGGAUCAAACUUCAGAUAUGGGAUACGGCUGGACAGGAGCGUUUUCACACAAUCACAACUUCCUACUACAGAGGAGCCAUGGGGAUCUUGUUGGUUUACGACAUCACCAAUGCCAAAAGCUUUGAGAACAUCAGCAAAUGGCUGAGAAACAUUGAAGAGCAUGCAAAUGAGGAUGUGGAAAGAAUGCUGCUUGGUAACAAGUGUGAUAUGGAAGACAUGCGUGUGGUACCUAAAGCAAAGGGAGAACAGAUUGCUUCAGAACACAAUAUUCGGUUCUUUGAAACGAGUGCAAAAGCGAACAUCAACAUUGAAAAAGCUUUCCUGACACUUGCUGAGGAAAUAUUGCGAAAGACACCUGGAAAGGAAGCCACCAAUGAAAAUGUUGAUAUGAACAACAGAAGUGGCUCUGCAGGGGGUGUCAGGUGUUGCAGUUGAACAGAAAACCCUUCGCAUGAUUUACACCACUUCUGAUUGGUCUCUUAAAACUUAAAUGUAAAUGUUAACCUAAAUGCCCAUUAUGCUGGAUAAGACUUUUACCUUUCACUCUACUUGACAAGCUUUUCUACAAAUGAAAAAAGAGGGCCUGAUUUCCUAUUAAUUAAAAGAACAAAAAGGGCAUUUGGUACAUUUAGUGAUAAUCUGUCAACAGCACUGUGCAAGGGAGAAAAUACAUAUAAUCACAGACUAGUAGAUAAAUGAGAACUAAGUACGAAAGGGACAUAUAACACUUAGUAUUCAUGUUGUGGUGAACACUAAUUGUGCCUUAAAUGCCACUUGGAGAUGUGGGAGCUUAGUUCAUGGUAAGGUUCUUGGAUAGUUUUUAAUUUUACUAAUUUUACUGUCAAUGAAUGUUUUUAUACCAUGUCCCCUUAUCCAAUUCAAAAGCUGUGCCUUACCACCAGCAACAGCAAGGUUUCUGUUGUUCCAGAGCCUUUUUGUGAAACGAGGAAUGCUGAGUGCACAUACCGUAGCUGUAAGGGCGCUGACCGACCUUCUCUUGGUCUUCAUUAUAUUUUAUUAAUAAAUUUCAUUCGCUUACAGGUUAGACUAGACUUUUUAUCUCAUGUUUGGUUCGAAAAAUGAUUAAACUGAGUGAAUCCCUUCCUGUGUAGACUAAAAGUGAUGAUGCACACUUUGAACUUUCCAGAAUGAAUGUUGUGUGAACAAAUGCUGCUCUAGCUCACUGACCGUGUAUUACAUCUGCCUGAGAUCGUGCACUUUAGGGACUUCUCUGAAGUCCCAGUUGCAAAGGUCCAUUGUGGAAAUAUAAAAGAGGCUCCUAAAAAGAACCAUGCCCUGUUACUACCACAUUCAGUUAAAUAGCUGCUCUUUAUUUGCUCUAAAUUGCAUAUUCUUCUUUUAAGCAGUAUCAGAAUUUGUCAUUUCCAUAAAAGUUUUUCUUUUUUCCAGCAACUCUUUGAAUAUCAGUUUCAAUUGCAUUCUUUUCUCUAGAAGACAUUCUGGGUGAUGGCAAGGAUAGGUUAAAGCUAUACUAAUGUUUCUACGCUGCAUUUAUAAUAUACUAACCAGAGGUAUUUCAGCAUGGGAAGUUGCUUGGUUAUAAGUGAUUAUUUUUGUGAUCUUUACAGUGGUUUGGGUGCAUUUUAUACAUUUUCUCUUAAUACUAUCCCAAAAGGGACUUAUUAGUAUUUUCUGUGUUGAGUGGAUUAAUUGAGCCACAUGAUUUAUGUUGGCUUUACAUUUAAAUCUAAAAUAACAGCUUUAUGGUAACUUCUUACUGAUGCAUUUUGCACUUUUUUUUACUGAUGGUUUAAUUAUCCUGGUUCAUGUCAGGGUCAGUUCUAGGCUUCUUUGCCGGGGUGGCCACUGGCAAUUCCAAAUCAAACACUUGAGAUUGAACACUUGACUAGUUGGGUAGUAAAUGUAUUAGAUUCUUAUUAUUUUACGGUUUUAAAGGGAUACGUUGUGGAUGGUCAGUGUUUACCUUAGCUUAGCCUAAGAACCAAUCCUGGUUUACAUUUUUAAUAACUCUAAAAUGAGAAAAAUCAUACUGAUGAAUGGGAUGUUUCUUGAUGAACUAGCCUGGUGACUUAAUAGCAAAAUGAGUAAUAAGUAAGUUUCUGCCUUCAGAAUUCUCUGUAGUUACAAUAUAAAGGGAGUGAUGGGUUUUGAUGUUAGUUUUGUAGUGCAAUAAACUCACUUUUCACAAACA